GUGCCCGGAUAUUAUGAAAAUGCUUGUUGUCACUUUAUUAUUGUCGUUUUAUUUCACAUCCCCAGUAUUUGGGCUGAUGAAAAUAACAACAUAUAAUUUAUGGAACAUAAUGUUUAACUGGGAUGUUAGAAAAUAUAGAAUAGCAAGAAUGGAGCUUAAUAGGACCAAAGCGACAUGAUGAGAAGUCUAGAAUGUCUGUAUUGAUUUUAAAGUUUACCUUCAUACAUUUAUAUAUUAAAGGUUUUUGAGGCGAUUUUUCAUACAUUUUAAUUCCUCUACAUUCUCCACCCUCGUAAAGUAUUCAAAUUAACACUCCAAAUUUUGCCGUGCACAUGCACAAUAUGAUACAUUAAACGACUUACCUGUUUAAAAGAUGUGCCUUAAUUAUUGUUUAUUUAUAUUUUUUAAAACAGGUAAAAGUAGCUACUUCAAGUAGGUUUAAAUACCUAGGUAGCUAUUUAUAGCUGCAUGGAUAGAAAUAGUCUUUGGACUGGACCUGUUACAUUUGAUUAAAUUUACCGUGUUACAUUUAUUGCUCUCUCUCUCUCUCUCUCUCUCUCUGUCAUUCAUAAAGUUUCAGAUAUCUUCAUCUCAGUCAAUAACCCUUGACUUGUGAAGAUGCAUCUGAAUAGACCGUACUUGUAUUAUUCUUUUGUCUCAAACAUAAACAUCAACAAUUAAUCCUAGAGGGGUUGGAGUAAUAACAAAGUCUUGAAACAUCACAGAAAUUAAUGAACUGGGUAUUGGAUGAAUGAAUUUGUUACAGAUAAUGAUGAGUUGACCUCGAUUACAUGGAAUAUUAAAGAGAUUGUGUCAAAUGGUCCAUUGAUCUAAACAUGACUGUUGGCAAUUUAUGUAGAUUCCAACAAAUUAACUUUUCCAUAACCUCGGUAAGGAUGGUAUUGCAAACAUCACUCUUAUUACCAUUGAUGGAAUGUGUGUUACUAACUGGCAGUACUAUUAAAGUAAAUACAUCAUUACCAUGUGUGCUGGUGGCAUUGCUAGCAAAGCAACACUAUAACUAAAAGCACCUUAGAGAAGAAUUAAUUUGCAAUGGUCAGAGUUGUAAUAAUUAAGCAGCUAGUUUAGAAAAUUUGUGUGGGCAUCCAUAGUUUUUGCACAGAAUAUACUGAUAAAAGGUUUAGGUACAAAACCAUGCAUUGCAGGGAUAGACAUUAACUUUCUAUCUUGCUUACCUUUUGGGCAAGUAAACUGUCUGAAUGAAAAUCUUUGUUGUUCAAAACAUUUUUGACUCAAAAUUCAAUUUGAAUGCUCAAUGUUUUAAUUCAAUUUAAUACACAAAACAUGUCAGAAUGUAACAUCAGUGUUUAUGCAAUAACUCAAUAAAAAUAUAAAAAAUGUGCUCAGAGCCUCAGAUGCUAUAAUUUUGGUAAACAGUAAGAAAAGUCAAAGUACUGGCGAUAACGCUGAAUAUCAGAUACAAGGUACAAACCAUAACAGUGUCAGCAAACCACCCAAAACUCACAUUUUAUUAUAAAUACAUAUACAUACAGUGUCAGACUUCAGUUUUUUCAAUAUUCAGUAUUCAUUGGGCUUAACACAGCUAAGAUAAUCACAAUGAAAAUGAUCACUUGCCUGAUUGGAGAAGCAUAUUGUAUUAACUUUCACUCGUUCAAACUGAGCUUUCACUUGCCCCGGGCACUUUGACAACUGUUAAUGUCCAUCCCUGCAUUGACAUCAGUAUUAAAUUCAUUUACAGAUAGAGUGAUCACCUAUGUACACUGUGAAUGGAAGUAUACUAAUGAAUUUGUCAUGCGGAAAUGGAGAUCAUGAAAACCAUGUAUUUUAUUAACAACAAUAAUUUUAGGAUAACAAAUACUAAAGCCUCUGAAAAAUGAUGAUUUUAAUUAUGAAUUUCUUUAAAGAUUCGAGAAGAGGAGACAGAUAUCAUUGGCUUUCAAGAAGCGAGAUUUGAUGCUAGGACAGGACGAAAUCAAGUGUCUGACCUUCAAAAGCUUCUACCUGAAUACCAGUGGUCAUUUUUUAGUGGAGCCAAUAAUGUGUCAAGAAAGGAAAACAUGAUACACAGUGGAUGGGAGAGGGAAGGUAUUGGAAUUUUAAGUAGAUAUCCAAUUGUGUCUACGAGUAAGAAAGUUAUCCGUUACAAGCAGGGGCGUGACACCAAUAAAAGAAUCAUUAUUCAUGCGAAAGUUCGGACGGAUCACUCGGGAAUCCUGGAUGUUUUUGUUGUUCAUUUCUCAUAUGUUCGAGAGCAACAGUGUGAAAAUGUGGAUGCUCUGUUACAUUUGCUGGGAGAGAGAAGCUUUAGGUAUGUCGUCAUCAUGGGUGAUAUGAACAUCUACAGAGACUUUGAAUGGCCAGUAAAGUUGCUGACCUCAAAACGCAAGGCUGAAUUUGAAGGAUGUGUCCCUCAGUUAGAGAGUUUUCGCCGCAGGAGGCAAACUUUUGUGGAUGCUUGGACUAAAGUACACGAUUCAGAGAAGCCAGGAUAUACUUUCAGCAAUAUGCCUUCUCCAGGAUUUGAAAGUAGGCCUGACAGAAUUAUUGUGAAUUCCAAAUUAGAAUUGAAAUCUGCGACACUAUCAGGAGACGGCACGUUCUACAGAGAAAUGUACAGCUCUAGCAUUAGAUUUCAUAGGAUAAAAACCUUGAUCCACCACUCCUAUCUCAGCUAUAUGGGAGUAGUAGGUUAUUCCUGCUUACAGGACUGUGGACCAAAAGGGUCAUGUCGGUGUGGAAUGUGUGUCAAGGGGGAUAACUCCCACAACUGUGACAUGCCAAAUUGCCAGGAGUGUGACCAUGAUACCUACAAAAACUUUGUUUUAUUUAGCUUCAUAUUCCUUGUUGUGUGCUUUCAUUUGUUUUUUGCAAUAUUAACUAUGCUAAUCAAUGGUGCUGAUUUUCGAAGAGAAGCAGUGUUUCAAAUUUUAGGGUGUAACUGCUGUUUAUGUCAUCCUGAUAAUUUUAAGAAACAACGAUCUCCCUCUAGGAAUAGACUAUAUAGAUUUUGCAUGAAGUGGCCAUUAUUUAAACUUCCACCAUUUUAUCUUUUUCUUGUUUCUGUUAUCAGUUUAAUGUUUAUCUUUUAUAAAUCUAAUCAGGUAUUCAUGAAUUCUCUUGAAACAAUUUCACAGGUUAUGGAUGAGGAAUAUUUUCCGUCGGAUCACCUGAUGCUUUCUGCUGUGAUAUCAUUCUGAUGUUUGAAAAAGAGACUGUUGCCUCCCAGUAAUGACUGACUUAAUGAAUUAGUCACAUGACUAGCUGCAUAAUAGUUUCUGUCAACACAUCAAACAGCUUAGCAUGCGAAGAUAGCAGUGUACCUUGAACUAAGUAACGAUUCCCUAGCUAAUUCAAGGAAAAACAAAAGAAGAAAUGAAAUGAAAACAACCUUUAUAUAUAUGUAAGACUCUGAAGUGCACUUGUCGCACCAAAGUGCAAUGGUUUGUUGACAUUACAGACACUAAAGUGUGAUGAUCAUGCCAGAGUGUGAUGGUCCCUUUCUUAUAGACAUACAAUGCUAAAGUGUGAUGAUCCGUCAUUUGCAGGCACACCAUGCUAAAGUGUGAUGAUCCGUCAUUUGCAGGCACACCAUGCUAAAGUGUGAUGAUCCGUCAUUUGCAGGCACACCAUGCUAAAGUGUGAUGACCUGUCAUUUGCAGGCACACUAUGCUAAAGUGUGAUGACCUGUCAUUUGCAGGCACACCAUGCUAAAGUGUGAUGAUCUGUCAUUUGCAGGCACACCAUGCUAAAGUGUGAUGAUCCGUCAUUUGUAGGCACACCACGCUAAAGUGUGAUGGUCUGAUAUUUGUGGCCACCAUGCUAAAGUGCGAUGGUCUGACAUGCCAAAAACUGAUGGUGCGGGGUAGAGUAACAUUUGUGAUGUCAUGUUAUUAUGACGUUGUUUGUAACAUCUUUCAAAAUCAAACCGAAAAAAUACAACAUCAGUUUUCCCCAACAAAGGUUGUUUCUGCUAGCACCAACGACUUAGGGAUAUUGGAGAAAGGUACAGGUAAUUCAGAUUGACAUGGAAGAUAAGAAGGGUCAAGGCUUACACUGUUGAGGACUGUGAAAACAUCUAUGUACAUUUGUUGUCGAAAUAUCUACUGCGAAGAUCAUGAUCAUUUAUUACUUUUGAUGUACACAUAAUAAAUACCUGGACUGGGGGAAGGGGGGGUAUAUGCUAUAAUGCAAAACAUUCUAUAUGGUUCCGCGUCUUAAAAUUUUGUGUUUAAUAACAUGACAACUGAAUGGUUAUGAAAUAAGUUUUUAUUAUUAUUUUUUUGCAUUGAUAGUUUGGUGAAACAACACAUGGUGGGUACAGUCUGUACUAAAACACUGUGUACAUUCAGUUUUGCAAACCAACCAACUUCGGCGUAUCGCACUAUAGCACAUUAACAUGUCCUACAGACUUUGGCGUAUCACACUUUAAUUGCGCAUUUGUCUCACACCAUCGCACUUUGGUGCACGAGUGUGGACUAUCACACUUUGGCGUAUCACACCAUCAGGAUUUGGCACAGACCAUCGCACUAUAGAGUCCCGUCGCACUUUGGAGUCCUACAUAUAUAUUUUUAAUAUUGCGAUAGUCUACCCAAAAAGAAAACGAAAGGAGAAAUGAACACAAACUUUAUACAUAUUUUUGAUAUUGGACAAAAACCUAAAGUUUAUGCCAUAUUGCUUAAACAUGCCCCUGAAACUGGAUGUACACUCAAAUUCUUCUUGUUCGAUUGUGUUUUAUACAUGUAUGACAUUUUAUGUGCUUGAAAAUAUAUUGCAGCAAAAUGUCUGCCAUUUAGAAGAGUGAUGUUUGAUGUGGUUGUGAUUGGUUGAUUGUACAGUAAUUAAGCUGUCCCAUACCUGUAUCUGCAUUAUUUAAUUAGCUUUUGAUUGAUACCAAGUAUUUUGUUUAGAUGAUUUUUAUUUAUAUUUUUGUGCUUAUGUAAACAAUGCCCUUACAGUACAAGUAAAUUUGGAUGAAUUUUAGAAA